AUGGUCGACUCAAGCAAGAUUCAUCCUGCUACUCUUGUGAACAACAUCAAGUCUUGUAUCCCCAUCAUUCUGGAUUAUGAGGGCAAGCAAUUUAACACUUGGUCAACUCUUUUCCAACUUCAUUGCCGUGCGAAUUUGGUAAUCGAGCACAUAAUUCCACCUCCGGUGGAUCCUUCAGCCAAGAAAACUGAUCCCACACCUGCUGAACAAGCCUUUACUCAACGUCUUGACGACAUCGUUCGACAAUGGAUUUAUAAUACCAUCUCCCCUGACCAUAUGAAUUCAAUUAUUGAUAAUGAUGACACAACGUUGGAUGCAUGGAAACGGUUGGAGGAAUUCUUUCUCAACAACAAGUCUGCUAGAGCUUUGCAACUUGACGCUCAAUUUACAAACACUCGGCUAAAGCAUUUUGAUGGCGUCAAGGCAUAUUGCACUGCAUCUUAA